CUGCUGGGCAUCUACUCCUCCCUCAAGUCGAACCAUGACUGCUCCACCGCUGAACUGGUGGUCGGCACCACCGUCCAACUCCUUGAUGAUAUGAUCUCGCUAGCUACUCAAGAUGUGGUUAAGGAUCCUGCCAACCACCUGCAUCGUCUCCGGCAGUUUUUGCGGACGCUCUCUGGUUCAGCCCAGGCCCUCUGUCUCCGAAUCUUGUUUCGAGAAAGGCUUGGCGACACGAUCUCACGGCUUUCUACGAUUUUAUUCAGUUCAGCGGCCCAUUGA